AUGCAGAGAUGGGCUGGCAGUUGGUACGCCAAUCACAAAAUGAGCCAAUAUCACACUUGCCCACCCACCCAGGCUACACAGCACCCCAUGAAGUUGAAGACAUGGCAAAUGACCACGAGACAAAACGGGAAGAAAAUAUGCGGACAAGCAGACCAUGUAUCACUCUCGAUCAUAUUCCAUGGCGCUUUUAGACGCCCAGCUAUUGUGCGUUUAAGUGCUUGUCAAAACCUCGGAUGGUCUCUUGUUCUUCUGGUAUCUCGGUGA